AAAAAGAAUUAGGAAUAGUGGGGCAAAAGUCUAGUGAAAUUUGACACUUCUAUGUGACGUAGAAAAUGUAUGCAAGAUGAAAAUAGCGACCUUUUGGCAACAACAAUGAAAACUUUUCUUUUCUGUGCAAUGGGCAAGAAACGCAUGACUUGGACUCCUUAGCAGGCUUUGAAUAAACAUCCACAAAUUUAUUAGUCGAAUAUAUGAUAGACAAGCUUCUUGCAUUCUUCCUCUUCCCCCACCGACCAGAAGAUGGGGAAGAGCUGCAAAGUGGUAGUAUGUGGGCAAGCGUCCGUUGGGAAGACCUCUAUCCUGGAGCAGCUCCUCUAUGGGAAUCAUGUGGUUGGUUCAGAGAUGAUCGAAACCCAAGAGGACAUUUACGUGGGCUCCAUCGAGACGGACCGGGGGGUUCGGGAGCUGGUGCGCUUCUACGACACCCGAGGCUUGAGGGAUGGGCUGGAAUUGCCCAAGCACUGCUUCUCCUGCACUGAUGGAUACGUGCUGGUUUACAGCAUUGACAGCAAGGAGUCCUUCAAGAGGGUGGAGAUUCUGAAGAAGGAGAUAGACAAGAGCAAGGAUAAAAAGGAGGUUACCAUCGUGGUCUUAGGCAACAAGUGCGACUUGCAGGAGCAGAGACGCGUGGACCACGACGCAGUGCAGCACUGGGCCAAGGCCGAGAAAGUGAAGCUGUGGGAAAUCUCCGUUGCCGACCGCCGGACCCUCAUCGAGCCCUUUGUCUACCUUGCCAGCAAGAUGACGCAGCCGCAGAGCAAGUCCGCCUUUCCGCUCAGCCGCAAGAACAAAAGCAGUGGUUCCGUGGAUGGGUGACUCGGGUGCUGUGCCCGCUGUAUCUCACGGACCUGCAUGCACAUAGGGCUGGCCUUACCUUGAGCCAACGUGAAAAGGGAACACCCAGUAGCAGAUUCCUGAUGAGCCCGUGCUUUCUUUCCUCUCUUUGCAUGUCCCCCCUUCCUUUUUUAAAAAAGGAGAACACCACAAGUACACAGUGGACGCCACUUUUGACUUGAAUGGGGGGGAAAUGUCUGAAGCUGACACCACAUGCCUGAGUCAAGUGCCAACAGAUGUGUUGUGCGAUAGAAAAAGAGCAGCCUUGUUGCAGUCAUGGGCUAGGGGCACAUUGGUGGCUUAAAACACAGUGAGGUUGCUUUCUCCUCACUGUCCGCAUUUUUACAGAGAGAGGGUAGGGAUGUCUUAACCUGAGGCAUGUUACCUGAUUUGUUUUCCUGCACCCAAAGCAAAGUAUCCCAUUCAAUGAAGUUGUCAUCUGAAUGUGCAGUGGCUUUCACAAGUGUACACACCUCAGCUUAUGUUUCCAGUGGGGUGGACGUUGGUUUGAGACGAGGGGGAAACAACACACGGCAGUAUUUCUCAAGAAACUACAGGAUACGGAUGGAUUGCGGCGAACAUGUGUACUUGGCUUCAGACACCAAUGGUGGAAGUGCCACUGGAGUCAGAGAAAGUGGUAAUGUGUACCCAGCCAUACUUGAAUAUUCAACCAUGUUUGGAGCCAUUCUUAUUUUCCAAGCAGCUUUGAUUUUAGCCUUGGAAACCUGUGUUAAGGGUACCAAAUUUUUGCUUUUGAUUUGGGUCCCGAAGAGCAGCAUGAGCAGCAGAGAGGGGAGUCUUCCUUGACCGACCCCAUUUGAGUGGUGACCCUGAUUCAGUUCCCUUCCCUUCCUUCUCCUUCUGCCCACCAAGGGAGGAUGAAUGCUGUAGGGUGAAGCUGCAGGGCUAUGGGGGCAAUGAGGACAGUGGAAUGUGCUGUUCAACAUGGGAGCAAGCUCAUGGCCAAGCUAAUCUGUUAUCUCCCAGACUUCUGGGCUAGCAGGAAAUAUCUGCAGAAAGGCUUGUAUUUGUUUAUUGAGAAGAGAAUGCUGAGUAAUUGCGGAUGGAAGAAAAGCAAACAGUGACAUGCCUUAAGUUCAAGGCCGAUCCUGAUGUGACUGCACUUCCUAACGAUUAGUUUCCAGGCCCAAUUCAGAGUGGUGGUUUUGACCUAUAAAGCCUUAAACGGCUCAGGACCGCAAUAGCUCAAGGACCGCCUCUUUCCAUAUGAACUGACCUGGAUCCUGAGAUCAUCUUCUGAGGACCUUCUUCUUGUGCCUCCUCCUCGAGAGGUCAUGAGAACGGGGCCUUCUCUGCAGUGGCUCCCUUCCUGUGGAAUGCUCUCCCCAGGGAAAUUCGCUUGGUUCCUUCAUUAUACAUCUUUAGGCGCCAGGCAAAAACGUUCCUUUUUAACCAGGCCUUUGUUUGAUUUGAUUGACAUCCAAUGCCCAUUUAAAAUGUGUUUUUGGGGGGAGGGGGUUAUUGGGUUGUUGUUUUUAUUUUGAUUAUAUAUUUUGUGGUUUUAUAUUUUGAUUUUGUUCUGUAAACCGAUCUGAGACCUCCGGGUAUAGGGCAGUAUAUACAAACAAACAAAUAAACAAACAGAAGUAUGGGGAAAGUGUCAUCCCAGGAAUGAGAUUUAACAGUUUGGGAAAGCCGAUUUUGGUUAAAUAGAUAGCUCAGCUGGGUAGAAUGUGGUGCUCACAAUGCCAAGGCCACAAGUUUGAUCCCUGUAUGGGGCAGCUGCAUAUUCCUGCACAGAUGAUCUGCAGGGUCCCUUCCAACUCUGCAAUUCUAUGAUUGUAUAUAUAUUUAAAAACACCCCAGUACAUGGGAUAGGUUUGAUUUUGGACAUCUCAUGAAUAGCUUUUCCAAACAUAGUGACCCUGCUUUCCCGAUCUGGUUUAGGAACAGUUAUAAGCAAUAUCUUGGACAGCUGGCAUCAAAUUAAGACUGCAAUCCUAUACAUACUUACCUGGAAGUAAACUCCACCGCGCGAUGUCCAUGGAAAGAUCACUACUUAGCUGGGGUCAAGAACGAAGGUAUAAUAGUCGUCCAGAGAUCGCUGGUUAUGAUAACGGCUAAUAAGUGUAUUGGAAUCCUUUUAGCUCUGGUGUGUAAAACUAUUAUGAGGAAUGCAGAAUAUAUUAUUACUUCUUUUAUUAAUAGAAGUUUUAGGUUAUUGCACUUUCUUCCUACACACUGAAAACUGGUGUCUUCCAUCAAGGUGAUAGUUAGGCUGCAUGUUUAUUUGGGCAAUAUGCAAAUAUAUGUAAACCAACUGGUUUUGCAAAAUAUCAUUGGCCCCCCAAAAAUAAAUAAAUCUGUAACCAA